AGUGUAUUCCGCUACCCAUGCUAGUUGCCUACUCUGGUAGAACGAUAUCUAAUAUUAUGAUAUUGGACUAUUACAUGUAGCACCAAGUGUGUUCUGCACUACCUGUAUUUGCUGUUGAUGUUUACUGUGCUGUGUGCUCUGUGUCCAUGCUAUGAAAUCUGCUUCUCCGUCAUGGAACAUUACAGGAAAUUUAGGAGGCAAGCUAGCCACGUAUCUAAUCAGCACCAAACAGUUUGACCUUUUCCUGGUGGACGUCCACGAAAAGUCCAAGAUCAAGCAUGAUAUUCACAUUCCCAUCGUGGAGUAUAUCCAAGCGGAUCUGCGCACACAGCAGUCAACGUGGACAAGGCGAUUGCGACGCACCGACGUAGUCAUUCAUUUUGCCUGUGCCAACUCGCAGCCGGAUGCCACCUGGACGGAUGCGGCCGCUAGCAUGGAUAUCACUUUCAAUGUACUUUUGCAGGCGGCCAAGGCGCGGGUUGGUCGUGUCAUUAUUGCUAGUUCCUGCCAUGUAGCUGGUGGCUGGAAGGAUCAGGGAGGCAUGAAACUGGCCCAGGACGGCUCCAACGCAUUGCCUGGCUCAUGUGAGCCAUAUGUCGGGAUGAUGUAUGCAGCUGGGGACAAGUUUGUGGAUUCUACAGCAUACGCGUCACCCCACUUUGCAGCUGAGCGGCUUGCCUCGUCACUCGCAGCAACAUUUUCAGAGACCUCAUUUGUAGCCAUCCGGAUUGGGUCCUGUGAGCGUGGUGAGAACCGCCCCGGCUCGACUUCUCCUUCUGGCCAACUAUCAGAUUCAGACCAGUCACGGGAAUCAUUAUGCCAUCCUGGCUCAGGCUCGGCCCUCGAUGACCCAGGUGUAAUCGACGACUGGUUCCGCAGUAUGUGGCUAUCAGAUGAGGACUUCAUUGGGCUGUUUAGAAAGUGCAUUGAGUGCUCGUUGGAGGAUACGAAAGGCAGUUGCCUUAUUAUGAAUGGUGUGUCCGCCAAUGGUGGAAGCCGGUGGCUGCCGGAUGCUAGCAAACCGCCAGUCGAGUUUCAAGCGCGCAGCGACAGUAGUACUAGUAGCAGUAGCGACGACACCUAGCCAGCAGAGCCGGCGCUGCUAUUUGCUACUGGAUCCAAAUGAUUUGCUAUGACCUCUUCGGUGGUAUGCCUGCGAAAUGUGUGUGCAUGCGUGUUCGUGUGCGUGUGCUGUACAGCACGGAUCACUUGAGGUAGUUAUUUUCUUGCUUGAAGAAUUCGUCAGCUAAAAAGAUAUUUACUCCAGCAUCAAUUUACAUUUUACUUCAUCGCCAAUCCGCCAUUAUUUUCAUCAGGAGAGGUUGGGGAUAAAACAUAACCCUUUCGUCAUCGUCAAGACUUUCAUCAGGGAUAUUAUUUUGCCAAUAGUAUGUUUCUAGCUGAGUGUACGCACCACUGUUGCUGUGGCAUGCAUGAUAAUGAUGACUAUGGCUUGUAAUGUGAUGUUCUUCCUGAAAGUCCCAAUCCGUCUUCGAGCUACAGACUACUAACAUCUCUAGUCUAUAGUGUACAGUGUGCUUGCAUUCCUUGGGAAACAACAGAGAACCCUGACAAAGCGUAGCGUUCCACACCUUCAAAUCUCCCCACAUACCCACACUCAUACAUCAUGCCGAUUUAUUCCCAUUUCUGAUCGAUCUGCCGUUUGGGUUUUUAUUUAUGCCAGACGCGCUACUUCUCGAACGUCUUGGCCAGCUACCAACUACCAGCUUAUUAUCACUGCGUCUUUGCUGUACAACUCCUUUGCUGCUGCCAAUCACAUCUAGUGUGUACCAGUAAGCAUUUUACUUGUGGUGGUCUGUUUUAUGCAGCUGUAUGCCACCCCUGUAGGCUGUUGACAUGACCUCAUCAUGAUUCAUCCACUGUUUCUCCUAUUUCAAAAUACCAAGAGUCCAUAAACACUCUUGAAGAUACAGUACUGUAUAAAAACAUUUUUGGGUUUUCAUUAUUUUUGUAAGAAGCCUUUUCACACCAUCA